AUGGAGAGUAGCAUUGGGCGGAAGGCGAGAGUGCUUGAGGUGAGGCAGAAAGAACGGCUGGCCGGGUGGUACACAGAAGGCGUAGUGGAGCGAGGGAACGAACAAGAGGCUAGAGAGAGCUCACCCAGCUUUGGAUUCUUGCUGGACAUUGACGGAGUGCUGGUGCGUGGCCACAGGGUGAUCCCCGCGGCCCUGGGGGCCUUCCGCAGGCUGGCCAACUCCCAGGGCCGGCUGCGGGUGCCUGUGGUCUUUGUCACGAAUGCCGGCAACAUCUUACAAGACAGCAAAGCCCAGGAGCUGACAGCCCUGCUGGGGGUCAAGGUGGAUCCAGACCAAGUCAUCCUCGCGCACAGCCCCCUGAAGCUCUUCUCGAAGUACCACGGGAAGCGGAUGCUAGUGUCUGGACAGGGCCCCGUGGUGGAGAACGCCCGAUUACUGGGCUUCGAGAAUGUGGUCACCGUGGACAAGCUGCGGAUGGCCUUUCCUGUGCUUGACAUGGUGGACCUCGAGCGGCGGCCAAAGAGCACGCCCCUUCCCACGACAGACUUCCCCGCCAUUGAAGGGGUGCUCCUUCUGGGGGAGCCAGUCCGCUGGGAGACAAGCCUGCAGCUGAUCAUGGAUGUGCUUCUCAGCAACGGGAACCCCGGGACUGGACUGGCAACAGCCCCUUACCCCCACCUUCCUGUCUUGGCCAGCAACAUGGAUCUCCUCUGGAUGGCUGAAGCCAAAAUGCCCAGGUUUGGCCAUGGCACCUUCCUGCUGUGCCUGGAAACCAUUUACCGGAAGGUGACGGGCAGAGAGCUGCGCUACGAGGGCCUGAUGGGCAAACCCAGCAUCCUCACCUACCAGUACGCAGAGGGCCUGCUCCGGCAGCAGGCGGAGAGGCGGGGCUGGGCCGCCCCCAUCCAGAAGCUCUACGCGGUGGGCGAUAACCCCAUGUCGGAUGUCUACGGCGCCAACCUGUUUCACCAGCACCUGCAGAUGGCGCAGCGCGAGGGCCCCGGGGCCCUGCAGACGCAGCGGCCGGGGGCCCCGCAGAGCUGCACCUCCAUCCUGGUGUGCACGGGCGUGUACAGCCCCCAGGCCCCGGGGUCCGCGCAGCCUGCCCCGGCCGGGGAGGAGGCUCCGUUCCACGGUCACCGGGACUUCGGCUUCAACCCGGGGCUCAUGCGGGCGUCGCACAUUGUGCGUGACGUGGACGAGGCUGUGCAGCUGGUCCUCCGCAAGGAGGGCUGGACCUCGUAGCAGGGGCCCUGGCCGGGGGCGGGGCCUGGGGCCCCCGGAGUCCUGUGUGCUGGCUCCCUCGGGGCCAGUCAGGGCCCGCUGCCCGCCCGCCCGGCUGGAGUUGCCCGGGCCCUCGGGGGCAGGACUCCCGGGGACCGCAGGCCCGCCCCUGCCCGCCGCCUCGAGCAGCCUGACCUCAGACCAGUCUCUGUGCCUGUUUCCUCGUCGUUUGAUCAGGGCUGCCCGGUGGCGCUGCGUGGCAGUUUCUGCAAGGCCCUUGCCUGCGCGGAAGGACGCGGCGCGCCAGCCACCCGUGUAACUCGCCGCGGAGACUCCUUGCUAUGGCAUUUUAGCUGAUUGCCCAAUUUGGAACUUUCGGGCUUAUUUUUUUAAAUUAAAAUGAUCGUAAUAAAUAUUCAUGGUGCUGUC